GUAACAUUACUCAUGUGCUUCUAGACAAGUGCAUCUUUCCUUUUGUACAUUUGAGAUCACAGACACCUAUUGUGACAUUUGUAUACGCCAUGAUCUACAUUGUGCCACAUAACAUUUGGACAUAUGCAUGCUGCGUGUGAUCCGCAACCACAGAAUGAGUUUUCCGUCGGUAAUUUUCUAAAUUGUAUAUUUUGUAAAUGUAAAGGCUAGACCCUUCUUCUGAUACUAAAGCCUUCUAGUCCUCUAACUGAGAGCAUUUUAAAAGCUUGAAGACUGCAAGUCCUGUGUCACUGAGCUUCAUCACCUCUCUGAGCCUCUUCUGUCAAGCUGCUCUGUGCGACACAAGACUCACUUCGUGUUGGCGGCUACACAUUCCUUCCGGUUCAUUCUGAGCAUGAGUGUAGCUUGUUCACUAAUGAUUUUGAAACUAAAAAAUAUAAUCCACUCAGAACUUGCAAUGUGACAUUAUCUAUUAUACAUUAGUAAUCACGUGAGGAUCAUCAUUUCACUGCGCAUGUCACAAUGACCUUAUAUAUGUAAACCUAUAAGGAAGAUAUUUACCAGAAUCCCGCCUGGAGGAUAGCAAUGUACUGUCAGGGUCUCGUGCCUAGACCUUGAUUACAGACGCAAAGCAAAGCAUCCCUAUGAUGACAAUAAUGUUACAUGAUUAAGUAAACCCUUUUUUCUUCUCGAAGUUGGGAAAUAGUCGGAGUUGCCAUCAAGAGAAUUAAUUGUCAGUUUUCACUCAACGUACACUGGAAAGAGAGGGAAACCAUGUCAGAACAAGUCCAGGUAGUCUGGCUCCAGUGGGUUGAGGCCGCCUUCCCUGAUCUCGACUCACGCGCCUACUUCCUGCCUCCUGUCUACUUCAACCGCGUGCCCAUGACUAGACAGUCGGUUGCUGGUCAGGAUGUUCUGGUCCUUCAGUCAGCACCUGGACAGGCCGGUCAGUUCACCCGACCAGCGACAACUCCAUCCACUGCUGGACAGACUUGUCUCCCUCAUCCUCCUCGUGUUCAGCACAGUGACGUCAGAGAUGACGCAGCCAUACAGCGGUUACUCUUCUGUCUGCAGAGAAUGUUUGACCAGAACGUGGAAGUAGUGGUUGGACUGAGUCAGCUUAAGUUCAGUCAGUACCUGGGUGAGCCUUGUUACGCUGCUGCGGCUGCCCAGCUGCCCAUACCUGCCAACCUUCCUCCUGCUUUACCACGAAGCUGGAAACAUGGAGACUUUGGAGAUUUGCUUCUUAUUCACCGACAUUACGGUCUUCUCGCAUGCCAAGUGCUCUCAUUUGGUGACAACAUACAGGCACUGAACAUGUCACAGCAGGAUAUAGACAACAACAUCAGAAAAAAACUGAGAGACGCCGUGUCACAGCUGGACAAGGCGGAGGCCAUGUUGUCUCACCUGGUGUCCGACAUCGCUCCCGGUCUGCGCAUCACUAAGACCAUCGCCGUUGCUAACCUACGACUCAUCAAUUUCAACAGGCCAUCUCCACGACACCAACUGACUCAGGUAGGACUAUAG